AUGAAUGAUUAUGACCGCCAAGUCACGACUCUUUUGGACUCGCAGAGGCUAAAGUUUGAGGACCUCACCAAAGUGGCCAAGAUGUCCACCGGUCUACAAAAGAUUCAGGACAUGCAGUACAAGUUCUGGAACACGGUAUCAACACCCAUUUUUGCUGAUGAGGACACUUUGAGUCUUGGAUUCGGGGACCUGCAAACUCAUCUCAGUCGACAUGGCGAAGUUAACAACAAGAUCGGUAAGGAUAUAACCAACCUGACCACCGUUGUUGGGCUGAAGCAUGAUACAUACAAGGACCAGCUGAAUUUGAUAGAAACUGAUCUCAGGGAUCAGGUUCAGAAGUUCAAAUCUACAAGUGCUGCUACUGAAAGGACACGAGUAAAGUUCAAAAGCAGCAACGACGAAAUAUGUAAGAUCAAAGAGGAGUUGAGGAUGAAGGGUCAAACGAUAGAACAGGUGCUGGAGGAGCAUGAAAAGACUAAACAACGAGAAUGGCAAGUAUUCUUUGACUCCUUUGAAAGCUCUCUGCGAUUUGGGAAUUUGGAAGUGUCUAAACUGGAGUUGAAGAGUUGGUUAGAAGAGAUGGUUGCCAAUCUCAAACUCCAAACCAUAAAAUACAAGUCUUACGGGCUGAACAUGACUAUGGAGAGAUCUAUUGAAGAAUCAAAAUUAGCCUCGUGGAUUCAGGAGAAUAAUUCUAUGAGAUACUCCCAAGUGGUCAGUUUCCUUACUGCCAUGAUUGACGUCGGGUUUUUCAAGAAGUUCACGAGCUACCAGGUAGAGUUCUAUCAGCUCACCGAGAAGUUGUACCAGUUCAUUGGGUCGCCAAUGGAGAAGCCAGGUUUCUAUUUGAUUAAGGCUUCUAAAAAUCCGAAAUAUAUCAAACAGACCCAAUUGGAUCUUGUGGAGUAUAAACAGAGAUACUUUGAGCUGUUUGACAAGCUAGAUAAGAUCAGGUGUGAUCUUGAUAUCAGCUUGUUAGAAUGUUCCCACACCAUAAAGCUUUUAAACCUGGAUCUGAAUAAGACUUUGAGAUCGUGGUUAGAUGAGACUGCUUUGAUUUUGAAACUGGAUAAGCUCCACGAGGUACAGUUUAACGAUCUCAUACAGGUUGGCUAUUACAAGCCACCCGUGGCCCAAUUGUUCAACCCCCACGGAGACUAUCCCUACCAACGUAUCUUUGGUGUGGAUCUGAUUGAAUUGAGUCUUGCAAAUGGUGGAUCGACAAUCCCACUGAUAUUGCACUGUAUUCUUCGACAUCUGGACCAAGCGUAUGAGAGGAUGUCAGUGGAUGAAAUAUUGCAGGUAUGGGGUAGGGUUGAGGUGUCCAAGGGGAUGUUUGAGCUAAGAGAUAAAGUGAACAAACUGAAUGAGUCCACAGUGAAGGGAUUCAAAACUGCGGCUCUUGAGCUAUUCAAGGGAUCCAAUACUUCUGUCGUUGUUGCUCUCCUUCAUCAGUUCUUUCUAGAGCUUCCUAUUCCCUUAUUUGCAGCCGAGAAUGUUUCCAGAAUGCGUCGCAUCAUGGAACGUCUCCCGCAAGAAUCCUCAUUGCUAGAAAUUGAAAUCAAGAAUAUGCUGAACUCAUCCCGAGAGGAAAUUAAGGACACUUACAAAGCACUGAUCAUCCAUAUAUCAUACCUCGCCGUCAAUAAGCUUUCAGCACAUAGGAAAGCAUUCAUCAACAAAGUCUCAAACGACUUCUCAACCGUGUUAUUUGAGCCAGACUAUAAAACAAGACACUGGUGUUUUGUGUUUGUCAGUUUUUGUAUAUACCAUCGACAACAGAUCUUGGGCAUUGAUGUUUAA